GGACUCCUAUGAGUGGUGGCGUGAUAAGGUGUUAUUUUAGAUAAGAUGUUUGCUCCAAGUGUGUUAGAGAUAGGACUGCCAUAGGAGUUGCUGCGUCGUCAGUUUUGUCUUCCAAACGCAGCUAGUCAACCUAUUCGUAUAAAUAUGUUGUUUCUUGGAUGGUUAAUUAUUCCGGAAUGGUUCAUCGGGCUAGCUCUGCUGGGCAUCGUAAUCUACCUCCGGGCUACUCGACACAAAAAUUACUGGAAGAAUCAGAAUGUACCCUACGAAAAACUUUCACUGUUCUUCGGCACAACGCUCCAAUUCAUGCGCAAGCCAUUCCACGAAGUGGAAGAAGAGUUGUGCAAAAAGCAUGGCCGACUCUUCGGUACCUUUGAAGACGGACGACCUACACUUUACGUUGCGGAGCCAGAGUUGUUGAAGUAUGUGUUUGUGAAGGACUUCUCUUCAUUAAUAAAUCGAAGGAUAAUGUCUUUCAAAAACCGUCUGAUGAGGAGCAUGAUAAUAUUUGCCCCACUUGAAAACUGGCGAAGACUUCGCAACACCACUUCUCCGGCUUUCACAACUGGAAAACUCCGUAAGAUGAACGACAUGAUUCAAGAAUGCGCAAGGCUCGCGGCUGUGCACAUGAAAGACACUGCAGAAAGGAAGAGUGACGAAAAUAUUAAAAAGAUCUACAGUCUGUACGCUCUAAAGGUAAUUUCAAGCUGUGCAUUCGGAGUUGACGUGGAAGGUAAAAAGGAAGAGAUGCGAGCAAUUGUGAAUAACAGCGAAAACCCCUUCUUCACAAGGGUUACUUUCCCCAUCGCACUUCAAGUUCUUUUCCAGAACUUCAUUGGGGAGCUUCACGUCAAGCGAUUCAACGAGAAAGCGUUUGAAUUUUUUAGGAAAAUUUCCCUGCGAAUUAUAGAGGCCAGGAAGACAAGUCAAUGUAAAUAUGAGGACCUGCUGCAAAUGAUCCUAGAUGCUCAGGAAACACAGGACGGUGAGACAACUCACAACAAUGUACAAAGCAAAGAAUCGUUAUUUCACGGUGACUCCGACUCCAAUCCACAUACGCAGAUGUCAAAUCAUGGUUUAACAGAAGACGAGGUUCUUUCCCAGUGUAUAAUAAUGUUUCUGGCGGGGCUAGACACGUCAUCUUCAGUGGCUACGUACAUAACUUACCUUCUCGCUUUGAAUCCUGUCGUGCAAGAAAGGCUCAGAAAAGAGGUCGACGAAUGCUUUGAAAAACAUGGUGACUCUCUUAACUACGAUAUUGUUUCAAAGCUUGACUACCUCAACGCUGUGGUGUGUGAGGGUCUCAGGAUGUAUCCCCCUGGAUCGAGAUUGGAAAGGACACCACAUGAAAAUUACGUUCUCGGUGACACGGGGAUACUCAUUCCCAAAGGAUGCACCAUUGCCAUCCCCGUUUACGCGCUGCACCAUGACCCUGAGUUUUAUCCUGACCCAGACACAUUCAACCCAGACAGGUUCACCGCUGCAAAUAUUGAUUCCAUUCAUCCUUACGCGUUCCUUCCAUUUGGCACCGGACCAAGAAACUGCUUGGGCAGAAGACUCGCACUCCAGUCAGUGAAAAUGGCACUCCUCUACGCUCUACGAAGCGUGAAGUUCGUGAAGACGCCAAAAACAAAGGUCCCCCUUGAAUUUUACAACGGAUACGGAGUCCUGUCUGUAAAGGAUAUCACGGUUGGAAUUCGCUCGAGAGACUCGUGAAGCCAAUCCUGCGGGCGCCUGUACGUCGUCUCGCGUUCGGGCUGAUGCCUUUGUUGAAAUAUGCCGGCAAUAUUAUAGCCACCUCAUGGCAAACACUAUAAUUGCUGCUAUCGCCGUUGUUUCUGUACUCCUUUUUCCUCCUACAUGCUCCUUGACAUCUAGAGAAUUUUAAACUAGGUCAUACGAACCUUGUUUAUUCCAAUUUAAGCAACUGUGGUACUUUAAAAUGUAUUCAAUUUUGAGUUCUGCUUCCUUUGCAAUGUAAGCAUAUGUCACAAAGCGCAAUAGUUUGGGGUAUUAUUAGAAUUCUAAUGUCAUAGCCGCAUUCAUUUAGAAUAUUUGUGACUUAGCGAGAGUGCUAGUAUUGACCUAAUAAUGCUUGAUUGUGCUUGCUUCUUUUUAUGACAAAAUUACUCUUUUGUGCUUCAGUGGUGUUUUCAAAUAAGCUCAUAGAUACGAAGUUUCUUGAUACACAAUGUUACACAUAAAAAAAUGUGAAGUCAGUUCUUAAUUUCUUUCUUUCGACUCAAUUAUGGCCCCUGCUUUUUCAUUUCGAAUAAAAUGUAACUGGUGUCUUCAAGAGUGUUUUAAAUUGCGGUAUUGUCAAUUGGCAAGUUAAUAUUUUAAUUCCAUUUAUAUUAACGGCAUAUGUUGAACGACUUCAGUGAAACCAAGUCCAUUUAAACAAACUUUCUUGACCUACGGUCCAAAAAGGCUUUAGGAAUAAAGACCCGCGGUAGCUUUAGCUUUUCUUUGUGUGUGUCAUUGACAGCUGCACAUAUAGAUUUUUAUAUUGAUAUUCUCGCAUCUGGGAAAGAAAGAAAAUAGAUAAACGCGCAGUGCUAGAAAAAGAAAGAUCUAUCAAGUCCGAUUUCGUAUAAGUUCGUUUGAGGACAAAUUAAAAAUUCGCACAAAUAGAAAACCAUCUUUCUCACCAUUUUUAAAUUUGUAUAAUUUCGUGCGAACGAGGAUACUUCGGUAGUAAUUCAAACAUAUUAAAUUAAUUACAGAAACGUUCUUACUUCUUAGGUAAAAUUCGAGGUUGUUAGUACAUUUAAAUUCGCGGUGCAGCAAUAUUACAUUGAAAUGUUUUUUUUUUCACUUUACACGAGUUUACUGGCACUAGUGGUACUGGCACUAGUGGUACUCCAUUGACCAAGAAACCUCUUUUUGCGGUGUAAUUUUAAGGAUUAGACCAAGCGUAUUCUUUCAGUUUCUCAUUCACAAAACUUUAUGAUGUAACUGGGCGGUCGCAGUACGGCCGAGUGACGAUUUUUGAAUGCGGCUCAUAGAUUGAACCUGAGCAUUCCGUCAGCGCUCGAUUUGGGCUUGUGAUAAUCAAUAGCUCGACAAGCAUUCGUGUGUGGCUCGAGCCCAAUCAUGGCAACGACGACAAUAGCCGAACCUUAACAAUGUCUGGAACUCAGCGCGUUUCCUGUGCCCUACCAACCUCAACGCGUCGCUAUGAUCAACAUUGGCGGCAUAUAAUCGGCUCCAGAUCACGUUGGCUCUUCUUCUGGCUGAAAGUUAAAAAAAUAAACGCUGCUCUUUUUUUCUGCGACGUUUAUGGCAUGGAAAGAAUAACGACCGCGUGUUUUAUUGGUCAUAGACGUCAGACAUUCGUUCUAAACGAUAUUCGCGUAAAGUACAAAAAUUGUUGCGCCGCCCCUUUACCGAUAAUGGUAAAUGUUUUCUUUUUAUAUUUUAUGGCGAUUGCGAAGCUCAAUUUACGAUCACAACUACUGAUAUACUGUUAAAACGAUCGAGCGUAUUCAAUAUAGCUACUAAAGAUAGGAAGAGUUAGGCGUCUGUUUUUUUUUGUUUUUUUUAAGAAGGUAGAACAGAACUAAGAUAGGCCUAGUACACAGGGAACAGAGCACGCACUCCUUGGGGUCUUUGGUGUUCUUGGCGCUGUUUUACAUUUUUAUAACUAUGUAGCAACUACCCCAAAUUAAUACCUUGUUGAUUUAUUUGCCCUUCCGCCAGAUUCUAGAACUGGUUUCCACUGCAUAUAAGUUUGACUUGGCCACUUGUAAAGCCUACCCGAGGCUUCUUUCUUCUUAAUUUUUUUUUUUUUAUGCAUCGCUUGAGUUCUUCGUUUCGGCUGCCUGCGAACAUUUUUUGGGGGUUCGGGUUUUGACACGUUUCAGAAAAUCUACAAAAAUAGAACUUAGGGAUAUCUUACCCGGUGUCAUUUUUCUCACUUGUUCUAAAGUUCCGAUAUUCUUAAGAGUACCUACGUGGCGUGGACUCAGAAAAAACAAAUAAACUUCAAAUCUUUAAGUGAGAUGUCAGCGACGCUCAUGGUUGUUCAGCUAAUGUUCAGCACAACACUGAGAGAAACUAGGAAAACAUAUCAGCUUAAGAUAGAAUGUUAGUAUUAAUUUACACCAUUGCAUCUACAUUAACUAAAGCUGAUCCAAAAUUGCAGGGGCCUGAAGCACGUCACCGGGAAAACACAAGCACCAAUUGAAGUUGUUGUGCGUGAUGGCAGCGCUACAUAAAACACGCCAACAAAAACGAUUUUUCUGCGGGUGGAUAUCUCUACCAUGGUUUUAUCUUUGGAGCACCGAAUGCUGUUGCUUCUUAUCGGUUGAUGCCUUUGGAGUACUCUAAAGAUAAUGAGUUCAGGAAUAGAUAUCGCUGGGUCGAGUCUCUCCACUGCUUAGCGUCAAGAGAUAUACUCUCCGUGAAACACUCUUCGAAAACAAUACCUUGCUCUCUUGCCAAACAGCUGCCAACUUUUGUUUCCAGAGGUACUUUUGCUACGACGCCCACUGAGUGCGACGCCAUUUCUUGGGGUCGUAUUCAUUGGGCACCGUAGCAAAUAUCGCCAGUAAAUUAAUGGGUAUCCAUUUUUUUUAAGUGCUCAAAUGCAAUAAACAUUCACAUUUAUUGCUUAACUGUCCAACAAAAUGUUUGAAAACCUUGCCAAAUAAAGGAAUUCGCAAACUCA